AUGUGUGCCAAAGCGGCCACGCAUGUUGUCAUGCCCCUCAACUGUCUUAGGAGCUUGUUCCGGCUGGACUGGCCAGUGGUCUUGAUCGGAGAGUCCGGCGUCGGGAAAACCAACCUGCUCUCCCGUUUCACCCGCAAUGAAUUCAACCACGACAGUCGCACCACGAUUGGGGUGGAGUUCUCGACCCGCACCAUCCUGGUGGGUGAUGCCCUCGUGAAAGCCCAAAUUUGGGACACGGCUGGUCUGGAGCGUUACCGUGCCAUCACUUCAGCCUACUACAGGGGAGCCGUCGGCGCCCUCUUGGUUUUCGACAUCACCAAGCACCAGACCUACGACGUGGUGGAGCGCUGGCUGAAGGAGCUGUACGACCACGCCGAGGCCACCAUCGUGGUGAUGCUGGUGGGCAACAAGACGGACCUGGCCCACUCCCGGGAGGUGCCGACCGAGGAGGCCAAGAUGUAUGCAGAAAACAACGGGUUGCUCUUUCUGGAGACCUCAGCCUUGGACUCCACCAACGUUGAGCUGGCUUUUGAGACCAUUUUGAGAGAUAUUUUCAACAAGGUGCAAAAACAGAAGCAGAAAAGUCCCCUGGACAACGCCGGCAACACCGUCCCGCUCUCUGCCGAAAACCCCAACGCCACUUCCGCCUCUCAGCCCGUGCAGGGAAAGAGAGCUUGCUGCUUGAACCUCUGAAGGAUGCCGUGGGGGUGGGACGUGUGUGUGUGUGUGUGUGUCUCGUCCAUCAUGAAAAC